AUGCCCUUCGUACAGUCCAGUCCCAUUCUCCCUGUCGAACUCCUCCAUCAAAUCCUCUCUUAUACAUCACAAGGAACACUCGCGUCAGCUUGUCGAACCUCCAAGACUCUCUACGGAAUCGCUUCCCCCUUACUCUGGAAGCACCUUGUUCUCGGCCCUUGGAAGGUGCAUGAAGAUGGAAAAGUGAUCCGAGAUGAUAAAAAUAAGGAGAUUUUAGAUGAAAACAAGGAAAACUGCGGUGCUAUCAAGAGCAGUCGAGCGGAAGGUCAAGCUAUGGGGACCAUUGUCAAGACAUUCUCGCUCUAUCAUCAUCUGUUCGAUUGGUGUCAAUCUAUUGACCGAUCGACCUUACAAUUACCAAAUGCUCAUACUUUACACCUAUAUCUAAGCGACAAAUACCGUAUUCAUGAAGAUUUAAAGGGGCAUCUCUGUAGGCUACUUAGAGGCGCACGACCAAAAGUGAUCAUCUGUCAUAAUGCUUGUUUGAGGGUUUUAGAUUUUUCCGCGAUUGGUUCAAGACGAUUAUUCGAAGAAACACAGACGCUUUUCUUCGUCUCGUGCGCUCAUCAAGCUGAAAAAUGUCAAUUAUACCCUCAUGUAUUCCGCUACGAAUCCACCACGCUCAAAGAUAUCUUUUGGUUGUUCGAACCUCAGAGCAUUGGCCCCUCAGCUAGAUCUAACUCUUUCAGCUUGGGGGACUUUGUACGUGAUAUAGCUACAUUGGCCAUCGACUUUCACCAAACAAGAAUAACGUUCAUUAAUUCAGGAGUGAUUGGGUUAUUGGACACACCUUGGCGACAUACACCAAACAAAAUUCAUCAGAAGGAGAUUGCCAGGGAUAUGAAGGAAGUACUGGAAGGUAAACUGAAGCGAUCGCAAAACUGGUCAGAGGAAGAGAAAAAGCAAAGAAUAGAUAGUAUCCGCUUUAUGGAUUUUGAUGAGUUUUUGGCAGAGGAGCAAUGGUGGAAAUACUUGGACUCAGAACAAGUGAGCAAGUGGAAGGAAGUGUCGGAAAAUCAAUUCAGAAAGAGACAUGACUUUAGUGAUGGUGCGGAUAUAGUAGAUGAAGGGGAUACGGUGAAUCACUAA